UCGGUGUAGACGUCAUAAAAUUUCAACAACCCUGGCAGUCUGACGGACACGUGCGAAGCUUAUUUUAUUUUUACGCUACGAAAACCACGCGACAGAACGUGGUGCGACGUCGUUGGAUAUGCAAGCUAGUAUUUCCUAGAGGAACUCUAACGUAAGCUCGAGAUGCUGCCCAUUCGACAGGUUCUACGUCUUGGUGCACGUGUAGUAUGCACUCGACAUGCAGUAUAUUGUCACGCUCCAGUUUUGCGUGAACCGAGCAGCAUUGGAGCAUUCCAUCAAAUGCGAUUUACUCACGAAAACAGUGGCAUAGAAUUGGGCAAAUUAAAAGGGAAGCUGAAGCUAAUGUUUACAUGCAAGAAAUGCCAAACCAGAACAAGCAAGCUGAUAUCGAAGCUGGCUUAUAAUAAAGGAGUAGUAAUAGUGAGAUGCGAAGGUUGCAAGAACAAUCACCUUAUUGCUGAUAAUUUAGGAUGGUUCUCAGAAAUUGGUAAAAGAACAAACAUCGAAAAAAUCAUGGAACUGAAAGGGGAGACUGUGCGAAAGAUAAUGAAUGAUGAGGAUGGCUAUUACGAGGCUGUUUUGAAGGAGGAGUUCAAGUUACAGAAUAAGGAUGCUGAUAUAAAACCAGACGAUGAAUGCUCUGAUAAAAUUAAAAUAAUUGACAAAUCACAGGGAAACUAAAAUUCCUUUUGAAUGCUAGUCUUUAUCCUAUAAACAAAAGUAAAAUAUAAGUAUAGGCAAGUACAAAAUGUUCUGUUAUAAAUUUAU